AUGGCAAGAGUGGAAGAUAUACUGGAAGUUCAUAAAAACAUAGCAGAAUCGCUCGGGAAUAGGAUGGCAGAAUUCGAAAAACAACUGAAAUCCACAAGUAACACUGAAGGUAAUAAGAACAGUCUUGAUAAACUUGCAAGUGAGUUUAAAGAGUUUAAGGCCUCAGUGUGGAACAUCCUGGACCUCCUAAGGACACUCGUCACUAAUUUAUCUUCACAAAUUGAUGACAUCGACAACACGUCUAGAAGAAAUGCUCUGCUGUUUGGUGGUAUUCAGGAGGCUGAAGGUGAGAACUUGGUUUCAACGGUCCUUGGAACAAUUCAAGUGUUGAUGGGCAUCCCUGAUCUUCAGCCAGGUGUGAUCCAGUACUGCCAUCGUAUAGGAAGUAAGUCUGAGAGGGCUCCUCGACCCAUUGUUGUCCGAUUUAACGACUUAAAGGUUAAAAGUCUCAUUUGGAGUAGUAAAAAGAAAUUGAAAUCGUCUCCAGUUGUGCUGAGUGAAUUCUUGACUAAGGUUCGUCAAUCUCUCUUCACAAAAGCAAGAAAAAGAUUUGGCAUAACUAACACCUGGACCCUUAAUGGUAACAUAUAUAUCAAAUUGCCAAAUAACGAACGCAGGCGUGUCACAACUCAGGAAGAUUUUGAUGAAUGCCUAAAGAUGUUCCCCGGUCCCUCGCCCUCAUCACACUUCAUUGUCAAGCCUGCCAGCUCUGCGUUGCCUCGAGUCAGCCCUUCAGGUCUUCCUGACGCCAGCAAAAAGCCACUUACGCGACGAAAUUUGGUCAAGAAGCAAUAG